UUCGCAAACUAAGGUGUGACAGAAGAUCAUCUCUGGUCAAGAUGGCUGGAGUUAUGGGAUCACAUGGUAUCUGGAUGAUGAUAAUUAGUGUCCAUGUGAUGCUUUUAGUGUUAGCUCAAGACAAGGAUCCAUUUGUGCUGUAUGACUUCAGGGGAGCAAACCUUUAUCUUGAUGGAAUGGCAAAUAUCAACGAUGGUCGAUUGCAUCUUACAAAUGAUACUGAGACCAGCACUGGUCAUGCUAUGCUCAAAGUUCCCAUGAAUUUCACAGCGUCGUCUCCCAGUUCAUUUUCAUUUUCAACAGAGUUUGUCUUUGCAAUCUUCCCACUGCAGAAGCCUCCUUCCUACGGUCAAGGUAUGGCUUUUGUGGUAGCUUCUAAGAUAGACCUCAUGGCCAACGGCACUGCAACUUCAGGUUUAGGGCUUUUCAGUUUAGAAAAUAAAAACAAAACUGAAAAGCAGAUCCUAGCUGUAGAGUUUGACACAAAUAAAAGCUCUGAACCACUUGACGAAAGCGGAAACCAUGUAGGGAUUGAUAUUAAUAGUAUAGUCUCGGUCCACCAUGCCGAUGCUGGUUACUAUUCCGAUGGGAAGAUUAAACCCCUGCUGCUUGCGAGUGGGGAUCGUAUUCUUGUCUGGAUAGAUUAUAAUGGAGUAGAGAAAUUACUAAAUGUAACGCUAGCUCCGGUACCAAAGUCAACGCCAGGUUCACCUUUCUUGUCAAGUUCCAUCAAACCAAGUGUGCCUCUCUUGUCAAAAUCCAUCAAUGUUUCAGAGAUUUUCAAUAAGACCAUGUUUGUAGGUUUCUCUGGUUCCACAGGCUCAACCAGAAGUGACCAAUACGUUCUUGCAUGGAGUUUCAGGAAAGGUGGAAAAUCAGAAAGCAUUGACCUCUCAAAGGUUAUGCAUCCUCCUAGUCGACCGCCACCACCCUCUCCACCAGCUUCAGAGUCUAAAAACACCAAAAAGACCUUAAUUCUAGUUGCUACUAUACCUUCAAUUGCUAUUCUGCUGAUGCUUGGAGGAAUCUUGUACCUGUACCAGAGAAGGAAGUAUGCAGAGGUGCUUGAACAAUGGGAACAAGAAUAUAUCCCCCAAAGGUAUUCCUUCAAGAACCUCUACAAAGCAACCAAAGGUUUCAAGGAGAGUCAGCUAAUUGGAGCCGGGGGUUUCGGAAAAGUAUACAAAGGAGAACUUCUUUCCGGUACUCAAAUCGCGGUUAAGAGAGUCUCCCAUGAUGCAGAACAAGGAAUGCAACAAUACGUAGCAGAGAUCGCUAGCAUGGGAAGGCUAAGGCACAAGAACUUGGUGCAGCUCCUUGGCUACUGCAGACGCAAAGGUGAAUUGCUUUUGGUUUAUGACUACAUGCCAAAUGGAAGCCUUGAUAACUACUUGUUCAAUAAAGAAAAAGUGAAAGACCUCACUUGGUCUCAGAGAUUGAAUAUAAUCAAGAGAGUAGCAUCUGCCCUUUUGUAUCUUCAUGAAGAGUGGGAGCAAGUUGUGUUACACAGAGAUAUUAAAUCUAGCAAUAUUCUUUUGGACGCGGAACUAAAUGGUAGGUUGGGAGAUUUUGGGCUUGCAAGGUUUCAUGACCGUGGCCAGAAUCUUGAAGCCACGCGUGUGGUAGGAACCAUUGGCUACAUGGCACCUGAGCUUACUGCAAUGGGAGUGGCUACCACGAAAACCGAUGUCUAUGCUUUUGGAUCUUUCAUCCUUGAGGUGGUUUGUGGAAGGAGGCCAGUAGACCCUGAGAGACCAGUUGAGCAAAUGAUUUUGAUGAAGUGGGUUGCUACUUGCGGAAGCAGAGAUAAUUUGAUGAUUACUGUUGACAGUAAACUUGAAGGAAACUUUAAAGCUGAAGAGGUCAAGAUGCUUUUGAAGCUAGGCAUGCUUUGUUCUCAGAGCAACCCGGAGAAUAGACCUAGUAUGAGACAUAUAGUACAAUAUCUGGAAGGGAAUGUUCCUGUUCCGAGCAUAUCAUUUGAUACAACUGGUUUUGGUAUGCCCAAUAUAAGCAAUGAAACGGUAACACAAAUGACAACCACUUCCACUUCAGCUAAUUUCUCUUUUGAAGAUGUUACAAUCCUAUUUGGUGGUCGUUGAAGCCUGCUUCACAGGCUGCUAAACUUACAAGUAAGCUUCUUUGUUUUGCUACAAUGCUGUCUUUUAAGUGAAUGUAAUA